CUUGUGCGCAUUGCCACAUGCACGUGUCGUUGCGUCGGUUCAUCCUCGGCGUCGCAGCUUUGCUCAUCGCCGCUGCAGCCGUGCAACGAUUUAGCCUGCUAGCAGCGACGCCCCCGUCCGUCACUCCGCGCCCAACUCCCGGGAGCAGCCGCCCGCCGUCUGGCCACGGUAGGCGGAGGUGGCAGCCGAUAGCUUCUCCGCCGCCGCCGAAGGCGGGUGCACCUCAGGCCGAGGGUACGGCCGCCGAAUGCGCGAAAAUGCGCUUGGAGCAUUUGGUGGUGGUCGGCGUAGCAUGGGGCACGCUCUCAGCGGCAAAGCAAAUGCGCUGGACGCGGCUCGGGUGCGAUAUGCUGCUGCAGAGCCCGUUCGAGGCCGACGUGGCGGCCACCGGCGCCGUCAGCGAGGUCUUCCUGCAGCGGUACCGGAGCAACCACCGCACGGCGCUCGCGGGCCGAGAGGCAGCCCGGAGGAUACCCCGUCCUACAAACCGGAGCGCGAUUGUGGUGGCGGUGGCGGCGAGCGCGGCCAACCGCGGUCUAUGGCGAGUGCGACGAGCCGCGGCUUCUCACCGAGCGGGUUGGACGACCUCUCUCUCUUCCGCCUCCUCCUCCCCUCGCUCGUUCGGACCGUCCGCCGGCCCGCUGCCGCGCCACCGGCUGUCCGCCGCGGCGUGGCGGCUGCGGCGGCAGCUGGAGCUGCGCGUGUACAUAGCGUACGACGUGGGCGACGCCUUCUUCGACUCGCGCGCCACCGAGGCGGCGGCGCGGGUUUGGCUUGAGGCGCGGCUUGUCGCCCCACUGCGCGCAGCGGGCAUCGCCACGCGCCACGCGCUGCUGCGCUUCCCAAACCCGCUGCGCAAGCCGGGCCCCGUCUUCAACUUUAUGAUGGCCGCCGCCGCUGAGGACGGCGCAGAAUACCUCUACCGGGUCAACGACGACACAGAGUUUGUGGACCCGUGGGUGGAGCCGGCGAUCCGUUCGCUCCGCUCCUACUCGCCUCCGAACGUUGGCGUGGUGGGGCCGGUGUGUGCAGAGGGCAACGCAAAGAUCCUGACGCACGACUUGGUGCACCGUCACCACUUGUCCAUCUUUGAGUUCUACUACCCGCCCGUACUCAGCGAUUGGUGGAUGGACGACUGGAUCACCCAUGUGUACGGCACCCGCCGUUUCACCAAGGGGCCCUUCUCCGUGCGGCACCACACCGGAGCGCACGGCCAGCGCUACGCGGUGGACAAUGCUCACAAGGCGGCGCUACGCGGCGAGCUGCAGCGAGGCCGCCAGCGGAUCGAGGCGUGGGUCCGCAGCAGCGCAGCCGUGGGACGGUGA